GGUUCCGCGCCUGGACCGUGUUUCCACGGACCCCUCCUCCCCAGCCGGAUAUAAUAUCCCUACGACCUGACUCCUCGCCGUCCGCAAUUCCCCCAUCGUGUGUGGCCCCAGCCUGCUGAUCAAGAGCAAACCUGAUCAACCUUAUCGACCCCAGCGCUCAGUCCGCCUGCUGACGGUGCUUAACCGGUCGGCCUGCUUUCCCCCAAUCACGAUCCCGCCCCUGUUUUCUCUGCCUGCCAACCGUCUGGUCCGUUGGUCGUAUAAAUACCAGGCGGAAUCAACCCAAUUGCCCUUACUGUCCAUUUUACCUGUCUUCUGCACCGGCUCACCAUCCUCUCAAUUGAUACCCCACCCAUGGCCGACGUAAAGAUGUCCACCGACCUGAACCUGUGUUCCCUUUCGGGCCCACCCGCCCCCAUCGCCCCCGACGAGAACUGGCCCGACUCCCUCCCUUUCUUUAUGGACAAUGCCAUUCCCCCAGAAUACCUCUCUCUCUCAAUGCUCCAAGACAAUAACAAUUGCAACAACACCACCACGACCAAUCCAUGGCUCUUCGACGCCUUCUCCCCUCCGGUGUCUUGGCCCGCCUACCCCGCUUCCCGAACCGACUCCACCGCCAGCUCGGAAGCCAGCUUCAUCGCCCCCUGCCAAACCAUCCACCGAGCCAGCGAUGACGAGCGCAAGUACUCCACCGCUCCCACCUUCACCUUUGCUCCGAGCCAGAUCCCCACCCCCCUGCACGAAAUCACCUCCCGCGGCAGUAUCAGCAGCAGCACGCAAUCCCGCUUCAGCGUCUCCAGUUACAGCAGCGCCGACAGCCCCACCCACAGCCGGCGCGGCAGCUCCCCGCGGCACGCGUCGCCCGGCUUCGAAGACCACGAGCGCGAACGGCGCAAACGCGAGCGCUUCCUCGAGCGCAACCGGGUAGCGGCCAACAAGUGUCGCAAGAAGAAGAAGGAACAUGCCAAGAACCUGGAGACGCGAUGCGAGCAGGUCUCGCGGCAGAAUACUUUGCUGGAAAGCGAGGUGGAUCAUCUACGGGGGGAGAUCUUGAACUUGAAGAAUGAGCUGCUGCGACAUUCGCAGUGCGGCGAUGAUGGGAUUAAGCGCCAUUUGGCACAGAUGGUCAAGCAGAUCUCGCAUCGGACGACGACGGCCCCGGGGACGAAGGCAGAGCCGGAGCGGACGGGGAGCCCGAAGAAGGAGCCAGCGGCGUCGUUUGCGUUUGAGGAUCUGGUGCAAUUGGACAGUUCUAUGGGAGAUGCUGCUGUGGCUCAGGAGCGAAAGGAUCCGGACUGAACUUUCUCUACCAGUGCGUUUUGUGUUGACGUGCUCCAUUGAUGCUCAGUACACGGUGGGCUUGAUGAUCGAUAAUGUGUUAUGUGGAGUUGGUGGCAUUUCUCUUCUUUCGUCUUUUCGGGUUUAUCCUCCUUUAAUUUUUAUUGGACAAUGUAUAUCUAUGACGCAGCCGGAAGCUACAGCUUGUGGCAUGCGAGGGAUGGCGAUGAUGCCGGUGGCUACGAUUCAGCAUAUGCG